ACUGUCCACUCAGCCUCGCUUCUUGCAGAUAGAGGGAUUUUUGAUUUACUCUGCAGCUAAAGAAGAGAUGGCAGAAUCAAACAAUGGCUCCAAUAAUACUACACCACAGUAUCAGGGUAAUGGUGCAGUUGAGUCAGCAGUAAGAAAUCUGGUGUCUUUGCUGCUUAACAACAUAUCCACAAAUCCUUCAGGGAGGCCAACAGAGAGUGGGCAGCCGGAGCCUAGAAAUCUGACUAUCCAGCAAGAGAUGACAAGAUCAUUUCCAGGAUAUUUCAAAUCACACUUGAGCCGUGGUAAAAAGAGAUGUUUAACAUCUACUAAGCAGCUUGUUAAGGCAGGCAGUAAGACCACAGGCCUCAGUUUUUAUUUGCUGUCAAAAAACACAUCCUACACACCUUUGCCAGCUGAGGAGCUUGAACUCCUACAAGCUGGCAUGGGGAGACAAACAGUGUCUCUUCCAGAAGAUGGUGACCAUGCAGAGAUUUCUAGACUUCUGGAAGAAACCUUUCCAAAAAUGGAAUAUCUUUGUGGAGGAUGGCUCUUACAUAAGGCAACAGGUGGCAGUGGUCGACGAAAGCUCACUGUAAUUCCACCUGAAACAGAAGGAUAUUCUGUCAAAACACUGAAAGCUGUGUCAGGAGGUGGCAAAUCCACUUUUUACAUAGUACCUCUUCAGGAAACAUUAGACACAUCUCCUCUACCUCCCGACUCACAGCACUUUUCAAAGAUGCCAAAGAAGAUAUGUUACCAGUGUAAUGAAGUUAUGCCUCUGCAGAUGCUUGCAGUACACAUCAAUACGUGCAAAGGAAAAUUCUCUCCUGAUGAGACUGAUGAUGAGCAGGAAUCGGAGUUAUGCAUUGUGAAAAGCAAAUGCAAGGUUAUUUGUCCAAUAUGCACUAAGGAUUUUCCUGAAGAUGAGAUCACAGUCCAUGCGAGUCUGUGUGGGGAUAGCUUUCAAUGCAUGGUGCCUGAAGAAAAUGACCAAACUACAGGGACACCAGCUCAAACUUCAGUAUGCACAACAGACAGCGUGGAAGAUGUAUUGCGUUGCCUUGAACAACAAGUCGACACCACAACAGAAUUUAAGUUGUGUGUGGACAGAGAAGACCUUCCAGACAGAGGCAUUCUCCAGUGGCAGAGAAAAAAAGCUGCAUCUCCCACCAGUGUUCUUAGGGUGGUUUUCAUUGGAGAGGCAGGCGUGGAUACAGGAGCACUUAGGAAAGAGUUUUUGAGUGACAUGAUUUCAGGUAUUGAAAGCAGAUUCUUUGAAGGACUUGAGAACAAGGGCAAAAACCCCAAGUAUUCUCUGACCGAUCUUGAUAAUGAAAACUUCAGAACUGUUGGUGAAAUAAUUGCAGUCAGCCUCGCCCAAGGAGGCCCAUCUCCUGCCUUUUUCAAAGAAUGGUGCUACAAUUUCCUCUGCUCAGGAGAGGUUGAUUUCAGCUGUCUGUCUAAGGAGGAUGUUGCAGAUGUGGAAUCUUCCCUGCUCAUCCGCAAAGUUGAAGAUGCAGCAGACAUACAGUAUCUGAUGAUGUGGGCUGAUGAAAUUGUCAGCUGUGGAUACACAAACCAGAUAAAGAUGGAUAGUAAGGAAAGCAUGAUCCGUGCUAUUGUCUUACACUCUACAACAAGACUGAUUCCAAUGCUACAGCAGCUCCGAAAGGGCAUGGAACUCUAUGGUCUUGUGAACCUGAUGGCUGUAAAUCCUGAAGCUUGCCACAGUUUGUUUGUUCCUGGGAAAAUCCUCAAACCAGACGCUGAUUUCAUUAUGAUGAGCUGCCAACCACAUUUCAGUGAAAAAGGGACAUCUAGGGAGAGAACUGAGAGGAAGAUCAUAAAUUUUUUGCAAGAUUUCUUGCAGGAGAUUGAAGUAUCAGAAAAGACUUCAGAAACAUUUUCAAACAUCACAGAUGGAAACACAGGCGGUGCAGGUGGUGAAAAAUCAGAGUCUCUUGCUGUCCACCAUGUGCUCCAGUGGAUGACCGGCCAGUCCCAUGUUCCCAUCCUUCCUGAUGAAAAGAGACAUUUCAAAAUAACAUGCAAGUUUGACCAUGAAUGUAAGGAGCGGCUGGGAGAUCACUCCAUUUGUUACCCAGUUGUGAGUGCAUGCACUUGUACUGUGACUUUUCCAGUGCAGCAUCUGGACACUUACACAGUGUUUAAAACCAUAAUGAGUGCAGCAGUUAAAUAUGGUGGUGGAUUCCACAGAGUUUAACACAUUGUUGUCUUGUAAUUUGGAAACUAAAUGAGUAAAAAUGUUUGUAAACAUUAGCUGUUAAGAUGUUCGUAGCCGUUUCAUGAAAAUGACAAGACUUCAAAACUUUGUGUAGGGUCCUACGUUGAUAGAUAAUAAGCAAGUGCUUUGUUUGCUUGUCUACUUGUAAUCUGAAUGUUUUAGCAAAGAAAUCCAGUAUUUGAGAACUUAAAAGAACGUUGACUUUCACGUCCAUGUUAAGUGUCACUGUUGGUUUGACACCUGUAGCAAGAAUUGUAUGUACAGGUCACGACCGUGUGACUCAGAAUGUUCCAAGGGAUUAAUAGUUCUCUGAAGGCCCUCCAGGGUUUCCUCAUCCAGUGGGCAUUCAACUUCAGGAACCACAACUGUGCUGUUAGAUUCUUCUUGCAGUACAGCACUCUCUCAGUCAAUGCCUGGAU